AUGUCAUCAGAGCUUGAAAUAUUGAGACAGCGUACCACUGAGCGAGGAAAUGGAGAAGGAUGUUUCUUGGAUGAGGUCCAUAAGAAAAGUAUUAGCGACGAGAUUAGGAAACGAAAUAAGGAAAAGAAACUUAGUAAAGCAGGGCAAGAUCAAGUAUCAUUACAAAAAAUAUCUGAUACAGUUACUUCUGGUAAUAUCUUUUCUGAAAAACCCGUGAGUGCAAAAAAUGGACAGGGAUUAAUUCAAGAAAUUUCUCGUAACUUUAAUGAAUCCGGUACUCCUUCAUCUAUUCAGGAUUAUAACUCCACAUGCGCAUUGCCUCUCGACCCCCCCAGAAAUUUCGCUUACCUCGGGUAA